CACUGAUAUCAGUGUGUUAUGUGUGCGUAUGUGUACAUAUAUCCUAUCUCUUUGUGAAAAGUUUCAGGUCCCAAUUUCAAUGAAAAAUUUUCGUUGUUACCGCCCUCUACUAAACAUUGAUUGUUGAAAUAACUUCGGUUAACCGAAAAUGUCGACGACGUCAAGUGACGUGUAGUUUACGGAUGUACAGUGUCAACAAGAUGGAAUACUUUAAAAGCAGUUUGAAAUCUGUUUUAGGUUCUACAAAUGUAGAACAUGAACCAUCGGGCGCAGAUAUGGUAGAACGUUUAGUAGACAGAUUGCAAUCUUCAACACUACUGAAUGAUAGACGAGAUGCUUGUAGAGCACUCAAAACUCUUUCACGUAGCUAUCGUGUGGAAGUAGGAGUUCAAGGGAUGGAUGCACUGAGACAGACUUUGGAUGUCGAUAGAACUGAUUGUGAAAUCAUUGGUUUAGCACUGGAAACAUUGUGCAAUAUAACUAAUCCGAAAACAUUUGAUGAAGAAGUGGAUAAACAUGGCCCAGAAAAUAAAGUCGGAGAACAGUUUACAGAAAUAUUCAUUAAAAAUGCAGAUAGCGUUGGAGCAGUAUUAACACUUCUAGAAGAAUUUGAUUUUAAUGUUAGAUGGUCAGCAUUGAAAUUAUUAAUGAAUUUGUUAACCAACAGACCAAAGGACAUACAAGAAAUAAUUCUAAUUAGUCCUAUGGGUGUGUCCAAGUUAAUGGAUCUUCUUGGAGACAGCAGAGAAGUCAUUCGUAAUGAUGUAUUAUUACUACUAAUUCAACUAACAAAAGGUAACGCGAACAUUCAAAAAAUUGUUGCUUUUGAAAAUGCUUUCGACCGAAUUUUUGACGUCAUUGCACAAGAAGGUAACGCGGAAGGCGGUAUUGUGGUAGAAGAUUGUUUGUUACUUAUGUUAAACCUUUUAAGAGGUAAUAUCAGUAACCAAAACUUUUUUAAAGAAGGUAGUUAUAUUCAGAAACUCACACCAAUGUUUCAAAUUCCACCUGAAGUCGAUGACAGUCCCUUGGGUGGAUGGAGUCCACAAAAAGUUUCAAAUGUUCAUUGUAUGGUACAAGUAGUGCGUGCGUUGGUAGCACCAAGUGGACCGGCUCAGGCAGUAGCAAAUUGUCAGCGUAUCAUGAGAGCGUGUGGACUACUGCAAGCUUUAUGUAAUAUACUAAUGGUCAGUGGGGUACCCGCGGACGUUUUAACAGAAACAAUUAAUACGGUGGCGGAAGUUAUCAGAGGAAAUGCCAGUAAUCAAGAAUUUUUAGCAGGGGUAAUGGCACCUAGUAGCCCUCCUAGGCCUGCAAUUGUUGUGUUACUUAUGUCUAUGGUAAACGAAAAACAGCCAUUCGUGUUAAGAUGUUCUGUUCUUUAUUGUUUUCAAUGUUUCUUAUAUAAAAAUGAAAUAGGACAAAGUCAAUUGAUACAAACGUUAUUGCCACAAGGUAACGAGAUGCCAUCUUUGACAACAGGACAGUUGUUGUGCGGAGGAUUAUUCUCCCCGGAUUCUCUGUCGAAUUGGUUUUCUGCAGUGGCGUUAUCUCAUGCAUUGAUCGACGAUAGCACGCAAAAAGAACAAUUGUUACGUGUACUUCUUGCAACCAAUAUUGGAAAGCCACCUGUGACUUUAAUGCAACAAUGCGUUAUGUUACUGCAACAAGGCACUAAGCCGCAAUGCAAACUGGGCCUCUUAAUGCUACUUUGUAGAUGGACUGCAUAUUGUCCAGCAGCAGUUAAAUCAUUCUUACUUAUCAAUUCUUCCGUGGCUUAUUUAAUUGCAUUAUUAUCCUCGCAAGAAAAUAACGACGAUUUGCAAGAGACUUUGCUACAAAGUAUGUGUGCCAUACUCAUCGGAUUGUGCAUACAUUUUAAUGAUAACAGUGUUUCUAAUUAUACGAAGGAGAAACUGUGUGAUUUAAUCGAGAACAGAAUAGGAUUAGAAAGAUUUCAGGAUGCAAUUGGUGGUCUCGCAAGGCACGAGGUAUACUCAAGAACUCUAAAACAUCCUCAGUCUUCAGCGAAGACUCCUUCAGAACUUUUAUUGGACCAUGAAUUUUGUAGAUUAUCGAAAGCGUUAGAAGGAAUAAUUACGAAAUCUGUUCAAGAUACAAGUAGCCUACAUCAUAAAAAUCAAAUUACAUCACCAAUACCAGCCGACUCUGUUUUGGUAGCUCAAUACAAGGAAGUUAUUCGAGAACAAGAUAUACAGAUACAAAAGCUUAAUCAAAUGAAAGAAUCACUUGUAAAGGAGAAACAUGAACUCGAAGCACAAAUUCAUGACCUUCAUUCUACAAUUAAUCACUUGAAAGAUCAAAAUUUAGUUUUGCGUGUAGCACAAACUAAUAUGCUGUCAGAAGGUGUGGAAUCUUCUGACACAUUAAAUAACACAGAGUCCACGGAGCUGGAAAAAUGUAGAAAUAUUAUUAGUGAAUUGGAAAAUCGUUUGGCAGAGUACGUUUCUGUGAUAAAUGAGUACAAGCGAAAAGUAGAGGAAAAAGAUGAAACAGCUUUCGAACAGAAAUUUCAAGAAAAAUCUGAUGAAUUGGAUAAAUUGAAAAAGGAUCAAGAGAAUCUUUUGGAACUUUUAACGGAACAAGAUAGCAAAAUUGUGCUCUACAGAGAAAGAUUGCUCGCAUUAGGAGAAAAGGUUGAAACAGAUGAGAGUUCCAUUGAACUUGAUACCGAUGAUCAACCGGAAUCCAGUAAUUCUGUGGAUCGAGUGAAUUAGCGUCAUCUUCGAAAUUCAGAAAAACAAUAACAGUGAACAAAUUAUUAUGUCAAUGAUACCAUUCGAUAUUUCUUUAUCUUGAUUUUCUUAGUUGUAUUAGAAAGUAAGUGCAAAUACCGAUGGUUAAAAUAAUUGUUCAUUGUGACUAUACAAUCGUCAGCCAACAAAAAAAACUCUUUUAUGCUAUAACGACGAUAAUUCAUAUUGUAUUUCAACAGGCGGUGAACGCGUAAUAAAUAUACAGCAAACACACAUAACUUUCA